GCAGCAUGGAGCCGCCCGGGCGCCGGCGGGGCCGCCCGCUGCCGCUGCCGCUCGCGCUGCUGGCGCUGCUGGCGCUGCCGGGAGGAGGCGGCGGGGCCGCGGCGCUGCCCCCGGGCUGCAAGCACGACGGGCGGCCGCGGGGGGCGGGCAGGGCGGGCGCCGCCGAGGGCAAGGUGGUGUGCAGCAGCCUGGAGCUGGCGCAGGUCCUGCCCCCCGACACGCUGCCCAACCGCACGGUCACCCUGAUUCUGAGUAACAACAAAAUAUCCGAGCUGAAGAAUGGCUCAUUUUCUGGGUUAAGUCUCCUUGAAAGACUGGACCUCCGAAAUAAUCUUAUUAGUAGUAUAGACCCAGGUGCCUUUUGGGGACUGUCAUCGCUAAAACGAUUGGAUCUGACAAACAAUCGAAUAGGAUGUCUGAAUGCAGACAUAUUUCGAGGACUCACCAACCUGGUCAGGCUAAACCUUUCAGGGAAUUUGUUUUCUUCAUUAUCUCAAGGAACUUUUGAUUAUCUUGGCUCAUUACGGUCUUUAGAAUUUCAGACUGAAUAUCUUUUGUGUGAUUGUAACAUAUUGUGGAUGCAUCGCUGGGUGAAGGAGAGAAACAUCACAGUACGGGACACGCGGUGUGUUUAUCCCAAGUCUCUUCAGGCCCAGCCAGUCACGGGCGUGAAGCAGGAGUUGUUGACAUGCGAUCCACCCCUUGAAUUACCAUCUUUCUACAUGACUCCAUCUCAUCGGCAAGUUGUGUUUGAAGGAGACAGCCUUCCCUUCCAGUGUAUGGCUUCAUAUAUUGAUCAGGACAUGCAGGUGUUGUGGUAUCAGGAUGGACGGAUAGUUGAAACUGAUGAAUCGCAAGGUAUCUUUGUUGAAAAGAACAUGAUUCACAACUGCUCAUUGAUUGCAAGUGCCCUAACCAUUUCUAAUAUUCAGGCUGGAUCGACUGGAAAUUGGGGCUGUCAUGUCCAGACCAAACGUGGGAAUAAUACGAGAACUGUCGAUAUCGUGGUAUUGGAAAGCUCUGCACAGUACUGUCCUCCCGAGAGGGUGGUAAACAAUAAAGGUGAUUUCAGAUGGCCCAGAACGUUAGCAGGCAUUACCGCGUAUCUUCAGUGUACCCGGAACACCCACGGCAGCGGGAUCUAUCCCGGAAACCCACAGGAUGAGAGGAAGGCUUGGCGCAGAUGCGAUCGAGGUGGCUUCUGGGCAGAUGAUGAUUAUUCUCGCUGCCAGUAUGCGAACGAUGUCACCAGGGUGCUUUAUAUGUUUAAUCAGAUGCCUCUCAAUCUUACUAAUGCUGUGGCCACAGCCCGACAGUUACUGGCUUAUACUGUGGAAGCCGCCAAUUUUUCUGACAAGAUGGAUGUUAUAUUUGUGGCUGAAAUGAUAGAAAAAUUCGGAAGAUUUACCAAAGAAGAAAAGUCCAAAGAGCUAGGUGAUGUGAUGGUUGACAUUGCAAGUAACAUCAUGUUGGCUGAUGAGCGUGUCCUGUGGCUGGCACAGAGGGAAGAAAAGGCCUGCAGUAGAAUUGUUCAGUGUCUACAACGCAUCGCUACAUACCGAUUAGCAAAUGGAGCUCAUGUUUAUUCAACAUAUUCACCCAAUAUUGCUCUGGAAGCUUAUGUCAUCAAGGCCGCGGGCUUCACUGGGAUGACGUGUACCGUGUUUCAGAAGGUAGCGGCCUCGGACCGCACAGGCCUCUCCGAGUACGGGAGGCGGGAUCCGGAUGGAAACCUGGAUAAACAGUUGAGCUUUAAGUGCAAUGUUUCAAAUACGUUUUCAAGUCUGGCUCUGAAGAAUACGAUCGUCGAGGCUUCUAUUCAGCUUCCUCCCUCCCUUUUCUCGUCAAAGCAAAAAAGGGAAGUCAGAUCACCUGAUGACUCUCUCUACAAGCUCCAACUCAUCGCAUUCCGCAACGGAAAACUCUUCCCAGCCACUGGGAAUUCCACAAACUUGGCUGAUGAUGGAAAGCGGCGUACGGUGGUUACCCCAGUGAUUCUCACCAAAAUAGAUGGCAUGAGUGUGGAUACCCACCACAUCCCUGUUAAUGUGACACUGCGUCGAAUCGCACACGGAGCAGAUGCCGUGGCUGCCCAGUGGGAUUUCGAUCUGCUGAACGGACAAGGAGGCUGGAAGUCAGAUGGGUGCAAUAUACUUUACUCGGAUGAAAAUAUCACUACCAUUCAGUGCUAUUCCCUUAGUAACUAUGCAGUUUUAAUGGAUUUGACAGGAUCUGAACUCUAUGCCCAGGCAGCCAGCCUGCUGCACCCCGUGGUUUAUACGACCGCCGUCAUCCUCCUCUUAAGCCUCUUGGCAGUCAUCGUCAGCUACAUAUACCAUCACAGUUUGAUUAGAAUCAGUCUCAAGGGCUGGCAUAUGCUUGUGAACUUGUGCUUUCAUAUCUUCCUGACCUGUGUGGUCUUCGUGGGAGGAAUAACCCAAACCAGAAAUGCCAGCGUCUGCCAAGCGGUUGGUAUAAUUCUUCAUUAUUCCACUCUUGCUACCGUACUGUGGGUGGGAGUGACAGCUCGAAAUAUCUAUAAACAAGUCACUAAAAAGGCUAAGCGAUGCCAGGAUCCUGAUGAACUGCCACCCCCGCCAAGACCGAUGCUCAGGUUUUACCUGAUUGGCGGCGGCAUCCCGGUCAUAGUGUGCGGCAUCACGGCGGCGGCCAACGUCAGGAAUUACGGCAGCCGGCUGAGCGCGCCCUAUUGCUGGAUGGCCUGGGAGCCCUCCCUGGGAGCCUUCUACGGGCCCGCCGGCUUCAUCACCUUCGUCAACUGCAUGUACUUCCUGAGCAUAUUCAUCCAGUUGAGGAGGCACCCCGAGCGCAGGUACGAGCUCAAGGAGCCCCCGGAGGAGCAGCAGCGGCUGGCGGCCGGCGACAGCGGCGAGGGCAGCCGCCCGGAGGCCCUGGGCCUGCCGCUGGCCUCCACCUCCACGGCGGCCUUGGAGAACGAGCACACCUUCCGCGCGCAGCUGCUGGGCGCCAGCCUCACCCUGCUGUCCUACGUGGCCCUGUGGGUGUUCGGGGCCCUGGCCGUUUCCUCCGAUUACCCCCUGGACCUGGUCUUCAGCUGCUUCUUCGGGGCCGCGUGCCUGAGCUUCGGCGCCUUCGUCGUGGUCCACCACUGUGUCAACAGGGAGGACGUGAGGCUGGCGUGGAUCGCGACCUGCUGCCCCGGCCGGGGCGCCUACUCCGUGCAGGUGGACGUGCAGCCCCCCAACCCCGGGGGCCCGAACGGAGAGGCCCCCAAGUGUGCCCACAGCAGCGCGGAGUCCUCGUGCACCAACAAGAGCACGUCGAGCUUCAAAAACUCCUCCCAGGGCUGCAAGCUGACCAACCUGCAGGCCGCCGCGGCCCAGUGCCACGCCGCCGCCGCCGCGCCCGGGAGCCCCGCGCCGCAGCUCGAGAACAGUCUGACGGAGCACUCGGUGGACAACGACCUCAAGAUGCACGUGGCGCCCUUGGAGGCGCAGUUUCGAACCAACGGGCACCCGAGCCGCCACCACAAGAACAGAAGCAAAGGGCACCGGGCCAGCCGGCUCACGGUCCUGAGGGAGUACGCCUACGACGUGCCCACGAGCGUGGAGGGCAGCGUGCAGAACGGCCCGGCCGCGCGGGGCCGCAGGGCCCACCUGGCCCACCUGGCCCACCUGGCCCACCGCGCCCGGCAGCACGGCGCGGCCCAGCAGGACAGCAGCGAUGGCUGCGGCCCGCCGCCCCGCAGCAGCAGAGACUGCGAGAGGCCCUGGCCCGGCGGCAGGAGGGACGCGGGCGGGAAGGCGGGCGCAGGCCAGCUCGACGGCCAGCACAAGUCCUACGGCCUGAACCUGGCCGUCCCCAACGGCCCCGGCAGGGGCCGCGCGCACGAGGGCCCCGCGCUGCCCCCCGACGGCCCCGGCAGCGUCAGCACCGGCCUGUGGAAGCACGAAACGGCCGUGUAGCGCGGGCCCAGGCCGAGGGGUGCACCCCAACCGUGACCCUCACAUUCCUUCCCUGCUUACGGCCGCCGCGGGGAUUCGAAGCCUUCGGGGUAAACCUCUGAGCUUGGGAUUUUACGUUAUUUUAUACCCUCCGGUUGUUGCUUUUUGAUGGAUUUCAAACCAACACACACACACGAACCCUCCAAACCGUCGUUUUCCUUGUCAAAGCACCACCAGGACUUGGAGAAGCUGCAGUGUCGUUUUUCUGGGAGAUCUGUUCUAUCAACUUAACACUUCAGGCUUGUAUUUAAUACAAUAAAUAGGUGUUUGUCAUUGUG